UUACACGGAUAACCUCAAGCGACCAGCUCUCGUCGACCCGGCUGGUGGCUCCUCCCGACGCCGCGCGAACCAACACAGGGGACGCAGCGGCGGCAGGAAUCACCGGCGAUCCGGGCGGCGGCGGGAAUCACCCGGUAAGCUCCUAUCCUCCUCGGAAGAGCUGGGCGGCGGUUCCGUUGUCCAAGGGCUUCGCUUUACUCGAGGCCACGAAUAAUCACACUCCUUCCAAGUGUCACCUGCGUUGUAGCCCCAUCCAUGACGACGCCCGGUUCCUGCCCCGCGUCCGCUGCCGCCGCCUCAUCAGCCGGACACCCUCCCGUCUGCCUCGCCGAUUCUGCAGGGGAAUCCCAAGGAAUGUUGCGGCCGCGGCUGGUGCUAUUCGGCGAUUCCAUCACCGAGCAGUCCUUCCGCCCCGGCGGCUGGGGCGCCGCACUCGCCGACUCCUACUCCCGCAAGGCUGAUGUAGUUGUCAGAGGCUAUGGUGGAUACAAUACAAGAUGGGCGCUUUUCUUGAUCCAUCACAUAUUUCCCCUGGAUGGCUUAGCAUCUCCUCUUGCAACAACUAUAUUCUUUGGAGCAAAUGAUGCGGCUCUUUUAGGAAGAACUGGCGAGCGACAACAUGUUCCAGUUUCAGAGUAUAAAGAGAAUCUCAAAAAGAUUGUUAAGCAUUUGAAGGAUUGUUCCGAUUCCAUGGUUAUUGUGCUUAUUACGCCACCUCCUAUUGAUGAAGAAGGAAGGGAAAGAUUUGCACGGUCGCUGUAUGGAGAGAAUGCGAGGAAGCUACCUGAAAGGACAAAUGAAAUGGCCGGUGUUUAUGCUGGUCAAUGCAUUGAACUAGCCAAAGAAAUGCAUAUACCCUGCAUUAAUAUUUGGUCCAAGAUGCAGGAGACUGAAGGAUGGCAGAAACUUUACUUAAGUGACGGGCUACAUCUGACACCGGAAGGAAACGAGGUUGUUCACAAGGAAGUGGUCAAAACAUUGAGACAUGCUGGUUUGAAAGCAGAAGAUAUGCCGUACGACUUCCCUCAUCACUCUCAAAUAGAUGGCAGCUGUCCAGAAAAGGCCUUCCAAUGAAAUAAUUUGAAGCUGUGUGAUGUUUGAAGUUUGAACUGCUUGCUUCCUGCAUUGGAGGUUUUGAUUUCCUCUGAGCAAAAUUAAGGACCAAGGCUUCUGGAAGAUGCUGCUUUUGAUUCUUGUACCCUUGCCUUUUUGGAUUGAAAUUUUUUAACUUGCAUUUAAGCUCCGUAAGAAAUGAAACUCUUUCUCAUUGUAGCGAGAAAUAGCUAUUAACAUGCUAUACUAGCAGUUUGUAUUCUGUAAUGGCUCAUAUUGCUUGCUGGCAAGCAAGCUUGGCGGGAAUAUAAGGCAUGUCAAUCUACAUCAGAAAA